UGGUCGCAGGGUGGAGCGGGGUAGCUGGUCACGAGGAGUAAAUGCCGCCCUGAGAGAUUGAAGGAACGUGAUGUCUGUAAAGGUCUUUGCAAAACCACUGUCACCAAACCUUUAGACUAGACACAUGAUCGGAACCUAGUAAUAAGUGCUCCUACCAAGCUUGAGGCACCCCAAUAGUGUGGCAAAUAAUUAUCUUAGAGAAAGAGAUCAUGAGAGCAUCAAAUUUGCCGCCCGAAUGAAUUACACGGCUCGAUAUAUCCCCUCCCCUGAGGUGUUCUUGGAGGCCCAACUGAGCAGGGCACGACGCGUGAAGGGAUUCAAGACGACGCCGCCUGCCAUCGAGGCCACAGCGCGCAACAUUAGUGGUCUAACGCAAGAGGGAGAGUAUGUUGUGCAGCUCCUGGAUGAGCAUCACCACGAGCUUGAUGCGGCCGUCGCCGAUUUUGACGGGAAGCACCUCAGCAUCUCAGAGAUCAGUAAAGAUACUUUCUCCAUCCCAAAGCUCGGCCCCCUUCUGGUAAAUCAACGUCAGAAACUACAUUGCGGACUGGGACUGUGCUUGUUGCGAGGUAUCGAACCUGGAAGAUAUACGCGGAGGGGGAAUAUAGUGGCGUUCGCAGGAAUCGGGUGCUAUGUGGCAGAGACUAUCGGUCGUCAACCAGGAGGCAAAUUCAUUGGACACAUCCGUGAUUUGUCGAAUCACAGUGAUCCUGCGAGUCGUGCAGCUCCAUAUCGAAAUACAGAACUACCCUUCCAUACUGACGCAGCUGAUGUUGUUGGUAUGUAUGUGCUUUUUGCCGCUCCGGACGGUGGCGAGGGAACAUUUGCAUCCGUGGCCCAGAUCUGCGAUACUCUGGCAUCAGAGGAUCCCGAACUAGUCGAGGUAUUAAUGAGAGAAGAUUGGCCUUUUGUUAAACCCCCAACUGGUGGUCUCUACUAUACUAGAUCCGUCGUCUCUCGCUCCCCUGUGCUCUCACACAUACCAGAGGCGUUCUUUAGCCGUGGCUUCUUAAUCGACAACCCCGAGUCAAGCAGUAGGCGGCCCACGUGUGUGCCCAACCUAACAGGAAUGCAGGCCUAUGCGCUGGAUGCGUUCAAUUUUGCGGCACAGCGUCAUGCACUUGAGAUAAGAUGGCAGUCCGGGGAUGUGUGUUUCUUUAACAAUCGUCGGAUCGUUCACGGCAGGAACGCCUUCCGCAAUGGUCAGUCAGAAAAAGAGACAAGACACAUUCUGAGGCUAUGGCUAGGGGAUCAUCAGUUUUCCGGGGAACCACCGCCGACUUUAGUACCAAGGUGGAAGAAGAUAUUUCGGGCAAGAUCCGAAAGUGACAAAGGGGACGAUCUAUGGCCACUCGAGCCUGCACCGUAGUUUAUUCAUUACUUGUGGAGCUUGACGCAGAAUCCCCUUUGUAACGGACCUGCCCUGCAUCCCCUGAGAGGUAGAGGCAGUACGUGGGGGGUUCUUGGUUUGAAGGUAACAAUAGGAACUAAGACGGGUGUCCGUUAGGGAGGUUUAAGGGGACUCCUACCACUAUGCAGAGAUAGAAGUCUGGAUAGCAAUCUAAAGAGUGAAUCUUAUUGUAAGUUAAUAGUUACUAGUUACGGGAUCCCGUGUGGAUUAUAUAAGCAACAGCUGUUACAGCUGGGAGCAAUUGACAACAGUUGUCAAUUGGAGAAUGAACGUGACGCGUGAGAUUUCUACGUGAAUGAACAUAGCUUCAUUUUUCGAUCACAGUAUAGCCA